AUGGAUGCUCUACGCCGACCUAAUCUCGAUCUUAGUAAUUCUUCACCCCUUUCAUCAAUUUACACCAAAGCCCCUCAAACACCAACCUUUUCAACUUUUCCCUAUAAGUACCGAUUAUCUUCUUCCAGUUUCAAUGGUUACCAUAGCAAGUGUAAAGUACCAACACCACCUCAAGCUUUACCCAAGGCAAAUUCGAACGAAUCAGUUGAAUCCACUAAGAAAUGGAUUGAUUCAAUCGCUAAAGACUGGGACUCGAAAUUCCAACAAACAAUGGUGGAAAUGCUUCCACUUAGAAUAGCUGAUGCCGCAUACAUCAAGAUUAAAGGAAUGCUUUCUACUCUUGGAGAUCGCUUCACUCGCAUUAUCAGUCCAAAGGAAUACCAAAGUUUUAGAAUUGGAAGUGAUGGAAACGUGCAAGGAGUUGGACUAUUUGUGAAUACUGAACUAGAAACCGGUCAUCUGGUUUUAUUGUCUUGUGUUGAGGGUAUCCCAGCUGCUAGAGCUGGAAUACAUGUAGGAGAUGAGUUGAUUGAAAUAAAUGGAAAGAGAGUUAAAGGGAUUAGUGGUGAAGUUGCUGCACAAAAGCUUAGAGGUCAUGUUGGGACAAGUGUUACAGUCAAAGUGCACAAUGUAAGUUUCGUAGGAAGGAGUGUAAUGGUUGAUUCCUUUCCAAAGGGUUUUAUAGAAAUUUGUGCAUGUUCACUUUUCUGA